AGCAUGUGCUGACACCUGCAUACCACUUCAGCAGUUUGAACGACAGCUCUUCACCACGCGUGCGCAUGCCGCAGUGCCGCAAUGCCGAUGCUCUGUAACAGCGGUGAUCGCUAGAGAUCGGAACAUCGUACGGUAGCCUGCCUUUCUUACCUUUCUUCUCCGCCUCUAUACCUUCGAGUUUCGCGAAUUCGCGAAGUUCGCGACGUCUUCUUUUGAGUUUCCGGUCCUUGUGCGACGAUGGGCGACCCGCUUUCCGCACGGCUUCGCAGAUUCGUCGAGUCCACUCACGCCCUGAUCCGUGCCGCCACCGCCAUUCCCUCCCCGACGCUUCGUCGUCCCCAGGAUUCAGACGGAACGUUGACGGAAUCCGUCAGAACGAGAUCUUCCCAUCAGUCCGAUAACAAGGAUCUCGUUCCCUCCGCUCCGCAUGAGGACGUCGCGUCGAGGGAUUGCCGUGACGACGCUAUUAACGGAUACGCUACUAUCGGAGCUGCUGCCGCUGACGAGCAGGAUGCAGACGGCACUGAGAGGGCUCGUGCGGGUCUGGUAGACGCGGCGGAAGCGGUAGUGGCGGAGGCGGAAGCCAUGGGGCGGAUGUUGACGGGGAGGGGGGAGACGGCGGGGGAGGAGCCGCCGGGUAGGCGGAGGGGUAGCAGGGGAGGGGGGAGGGGUGCGCGGGGGAGCUCGAGGCGUGGGGAAGGGCCGAGCGGAGUGGAGGGCAUGACUGUUGGAAGUGGGGGAAACGGGAAGCACGAGGCGGAAGGCGCGAAACCGAUGCCUGAUAUUCCUGAUGACGUCAUCGUGCGAUCUCUAGAGGCCGUCGGUCAGAGCAUCUCAGCCGUCCAUGCGCUGCUUGCGUCGAAUCAGAGCCAUCGUUGGGCUGCAAGCCUGCAUCAGCUGCCUGCUAGCAUCGACGCUGUUGUGCGGAUAAGCAGGACCAUGCGUCCGCUCCUCUCCUUGCUGCUCCACCUGCUGACUCUCGCACCUCCCCCAGUCGCCACGUCAUUCUGCCAGUCACAGGCGUCCUCCCUGCUGCCCAUGCUCACCUCGCUCCUCUCUGCGGGUCUGCAUCAGCACCUCUACCACCGCCUGCACCAACAAACGCGCCUGCUUCACACCUCCACUUCCUCCCCCUCCUCCUCUGCCCCUCCCUCUCGCCCCUCCUCAACCCUUUCCUCCCCCGCCUCCUCCCCCUACAAGCCCCCCCACCUCCGAUCCCGUAGUGCUCAAGCCCCACCCGCUGUCUCUCCAGCCUUCUCCUCUCUGCCGUCCAUUCUGCCACCAGCCGCAGCAGCGACUUUACCAGUAGUAGCAGCAGCGGCAGUAGCAGCACCGCCAUCAUUGCUCGCAGCAGGCAUGGAAGGUGCAGCGGGCGCAUCUUCCCACUGGCUCGAGCUUUCUUUGCAUGGCAGGGCUGCUGGGACCAGCAGCUGGGGGUAUUUCCCCUCGGAAAAUGCGGACGGGAGGGGGUCUGGAUCGGAGCAGAGUGAGGAGGAGGAGGGGUGGGGGGGGGAAAGGGGAGGGGGAGGAGGAGGAGGUGGGUGGGGCGGGCGGGGAGGGGAUGGGAGGAGGGGAGGAGGGGGCGUGGAGGCGAGGAAGCUGAGAAUAGCCGCUCUCACAUGCAUCAAGAGCAUGGCUGGCGUCUGUCCCAGGGAGCUGCAUGCACACUGGGCCGUGCUCUUCCCUCACUCCUCUGCUGCCACCCCUAGGCCAUCAGCCUCAUCCCUCCUAGCGCCUCUGCACUGCGACCCAUCCCCCAAGGUGCGAGUGGCAGCAGCACAGGCACUCUCCUCCCUCCUGGACUCCCCUCUCACGCGCACCUUCCUCCACCGUACUGCAGCCUCCGCGCCCUCCCCUGCCGCUGCUGGCCCGCGUACCCCUGGCAAGAGGACAGGGCGAGGGGCAGGGGGGUUGAAUAGUGGUGGUGGUGCUGCUGCUGGUGACGGCGGUGAUGGUGCUGCUAGCAGCAGCGGUGGCGGCGGCAGUCGAGCGUCCUUCAUCUCUCUCUCAGCAGUGCUGGCAGACAGUCUUAUGGAUAUGCACACUGCCGUGGGAAGGGUGCUGCAGCAGGAGCAAGACCCCUGGACCCUGUCGCUCACAUGCAAGCUGGCGUCCCUGCUGGCACAAUGCACACCGUACCCUCGCCUUCGCUCGUCCCCUCAUUUGAGUCACAUACUGCCAUCCGCUCUAGUUACUCGGAUCUCAUCUCUCCUCUCGCCAGGCCCCCUGUCCUCCUCUUCCUGGUCCACCAACAUGUCUUAUAGCGAGGAUGGAAUCUCAACUGCCUCUGCAGCCACAGCAGCGGCGGCCAUUGCAUCACUGGGCCAUGUCCUCUCUCGCUCCACGCUCCCUCCUCCCCAGCCUGCCUCCUCAGCAGGCAGCAGCGCCCCAUCGACCAUCAUUCUCACGUGUCUCAAGACGUGGGUGCAGCCCUGCAUUCCCACUGCUGUUCGGGUGGAAGCCCUUCAGGCACUAGCAGCGUGGGUGUCCACAUUCCCUGCAUCUGCUGCUGAACCGCUCUGGUCUGACCUCUUCGCCCUCGUUACACUCACACUCACCUCCUCAAGUCCCACGGCCACAGACAACACAGCAAUAAAUGAUCGCCGCGUCGGUGCGCAAGACAAGCUGUCUGCAGGGGAGGGCGAGGCUGCUCUUCCUGGUGCCACCGACCGACUUCACCCCGCAGCUCUCAAGCUGCUGGACCAACUGCUCGCUGCAGUGACACGCGGCGCUGAAGCAGGCUCCGCCUCUGCUGGCUGUUCACGGCAGCAGGAAACAGAACUGGGAGGUGGGGGUGGUGGGGAGGGGGACGAGGAGGGCGGAGACAGCAUGAAGCGGCAGCUGAAGGUCACGUGGAACACUCGGCAGCGACCGUCUCCUGUCUGCUCUUGCUCUUGCUCUUGCCGCCGGGGUUUUUGCACCUUGCCCCAGCAGCAGCAGCAGCAGCCAGGUUCUGUUGCAAUCUCUCCAGCCAGUGCAGCGAUCUGCACUACAACCUUCUCCGAUGCAGUAUCUACCUUUGCUAAAACCUUUAGCCCGGACUCGGUCCCUGCUACAGCAGCUUGUGCACCUCCAUCCCCGUCAGCAUCAGCAUCUGUAACAUGUGCUGUGACUUGUGCAGAAGACGAUUGGCGACCCUCAUCCAAUCAGCUGAUGCCACGUGCCCCUCCCCUUGGUGCGGUGCAAGGGGCGGAGAAUGGACUAAGCUCCCCUUCCGGUGCCUCACAGUGGGCCCAAGUGCUCCGCCUGGGCCUGUUACCGCCCCUCCUGCGACACGCCUUGCCUCCGGUGCGCAUAGCAGUGCUCACGUGCUUCUUGCACAUGCCAGCACCCACCUUGCAGUACCUGUCCCACAUGCAUGACGUCAUCUUCCAGCCAAUGUUCGCCCUUGCAGCAAGCGAGUCCGUGCCAGCAGUGCAAGCCGCUCUCAUGAAACUCUUUGGAACCAUUCUGCUGCACCUCAUGCCUCCUGGAUGGGAGCGAGACUUGAACAUGUCCUCCUCCUCAUCAUCAUCAUCCUCCCCCUCCUCCUCCACCGUACAUCUUUUCAUCCAUGGGGGGGUGUUGCUGCUGCAAGCCUGCUCGUCUCCGUCUCUCAUUGUCCGCUCAGCUGCAAUGUGGUCCCUGGCCAAUCUCUCAGAGCGACUGCCGCCCAUGCACUGUAGCACAGUGCACUGUAGCAGCGUGCACUUUAAUGGUGUGCACUGUUGUAGUGUGCACUGUAAUGGUGUGCAGUGCACUGGUGUGCCCCAUACUCCUUAUAAGCAUGCUCAAGAGCUGAAUGUCUGGUGGAGUGCAUUGGAUGUUGAAGCCCUAGCCAAUGCUGCAGUGAGAGGGGCGGGCGACAAUGACAAGGUCAGAGCCAGUGCGGUUCGGCUACUGGGUUCUCUCGCCCGCUCCUCCUGCUUCUGCCGCCGCUGCUCUGCUUCUGCGGGGAUUACCGUGAGCAGCGGCACGGGCAUUGUAACCUGUGGCUCAAACAGGUUGUCCAGCGAAAGCGGUGCAAACAGUGACAGCAGCGACGGAGUUGCCGCCACAGAAUUGCGGGAAGCUGGAGCGCAGCAGCCGGGGGGGGGGAGGGAGGAGGGGGGCGUGUGGCAGGGACGUGCGGUGGAGGCCAUAUUGUCAUGCGCAGUACAGACAAACCCCAAGGUGCAAUGGAGUGUGUGCACGGCAUUGUCUCUCUUCCUCCGAAACCCCUCCGUGCAUCUCCCAUCCUCUCCAUGGUCUGCUCCCGUCCUGCGCACAUUGCAGAGUCUCUUCACCCGUUCGUCGAAUUUCAAGAUCCGUAUACAUGCUGCGGCCGCACUGAUUCAGCCAUGGAACAGGGCAGACUAUGGUUCGGAAUACAUUCCUAUCCUGCUCGACCUUGUGUCGUCCCUGGCAUCUCUCGAUGAAUCAGAGGAGCAGCAGAGCGCAGUGGAGCAGUGGUACAAGCCAGUGCUGAUGGAUCAGAUCGCAGCAACUCUGUUGCACAUGGCCUUGCGCGCACCCCCUGAGACCCUGACAGUCGUCCGGCCGCUAUUGCAGCAGCAUGCAUCGUGCAUAUCUCGCGCUAUUGAAUCCGCGCGCUCAACUGCACUUCGUGCCGCGACCCAUUCCAUCCCCGCUACAAGCAUCUUCAGCCAUCCGUUGGCUUCGCAAUCUCCUCCGGCUGCUCCUUUGGUCCAUUUGCCUGCCACUAUCUGCACCCACCAACCUCCCAAGCUGUCCCAGCACUCCCAUCAUGAGCAUUCCUCAGAGCACAAGGUCAAACCAGAAAUUAUAAUUGCUGCUGCUCAUGGUGAUGGUAAUGAUACAUGUGGUGCUCCUGGCAGUGCAGCAGCUGCUGCUGCUGCUGCUGCUCCUGACGUUGCUGGAUGCGGUACUAUUGGGCGAGAUUGUGGGGAUGUGUCCUCAUUGGCAUCAUCCUCCCCAUCUGGUCAUGGUAAAUUGGCGUCAAGAGUGAGCGGCAUGGGUAUGUGUUGCCAUAGUGAACCAGCAGCAAGUGAGACGGAGGGGAUUGACGACUUACCGGUAGGAAACUUAAUGGCCCUGUUGCGAGAUGUGGAUGCUGAUGAGAAGGUCGUGUUGGAUUGAGUUUUGAAACCCAUCGUGCAAUGCUUAUGGAACAUGCUUGUCGCUGCAAUAAGAAUAACAGUGGUUA